CGCUCGACACUCGACAUACCACACCGCCGCGAACAUGAGGGCCACUCUACGCCUCUUCGCUGUUGUGCAGAAGAGCGGCGCACAAUACCUCGAGGCCGGCGCGCCGACCGGCAUCACAGGUCUCGUCACACACUCCAGCCCGCGGAGUACCCUCCUCUACCUCUACCACUCGACGCUCGAAAAGCUCAAGCAGUUUCCCGAACACUCCGUAUACCGUCAGUCCACCGAGGCACUCACCAAGCAGCGGAUGGGAGUCGUGGAGUCUAUCAAGCCCGCCGGAUUGGAAGAGUGGCAGAACAAGACGGCUGCGAUUGUGGAUCAAUACCCCGAGGCAUUCCGAAAGAUCCCAAUCACAACGCUGAGCGGGUCAAAAGAGUACAACAUUGUGUGGAAGGCUGGUUUUGAGCGGGCGGUCAAGAAUGUGGAGUGGGAUGACGAGGAGAUUGGUGCGCCACGACCAGAGGGACCUCGCACGGCCGCAGAGAGGAAGAAUCAGGCACGGGAUAUGGCGAGGGAUUUGUUUGCGGAGAAGGCCAACAUUCCUCACAUUGAUGGUGAGCCGCCAUUGACUGCGGCGCAAGUGAAUGAGAUGGAGUCGAAGAUAGGUGCUGGAUUGAUUGAGGAAGUCAUUCAGGUUGCGGAGGGUGAGAAGCAGCUGGUGGAUACGCUGUUGGAGAGUCAGGUAUGGGAGGACCUCGAGGAGAAGCCGCAGGGCAACCAGUGGAGUUAUCACGAGCGUGACGCGCAUGUUGGGAAGACUCAGGCGCCGUAGGUGUGGUGUGGAGGUGGUGUGGUAGU